UUUAGAAACAUCUUUUGUUGUAUAAUAAAAUGUCAGUUCAAUGUAUGGCCUGUGAUAAUUUACUAUUAUUAUUAGGUUCAUUUCACGACGCCUGUUUGAAGCUAAAACAAGCUGAGGAUACCUCAAACAUUGAAAGUAGCCAGGAGGACGACAUAGGAAUCCGACGUGGACGCAGGGUCCAGAAAAAGAAGGAUGUCGUAAUUGAGAGCCGUGAUUCAAGUAGUGAUUCUGAAUUGGAUCUGGAUAAUAGUUUAUUCCUUGCUCCUCCCACAACGCAAAUCAGUGAGGAUCAAUUUGACAUUACGAUCGGUAAGUUAACUGGGUUAACUUCUAUUUUUAUAUUUCUUAACAUUUAUAUAUUUAACUUGUUUUGUUGUCAAGAAUCUACCGGCGACCAGCCCCACCCUCCAGAUGAGAAUAAUCAGCAGGUAGCAGUCGUUCCAGAAAUUCCUCAACCUGUUAUCGUUCAAGAGGAUUUUGAUGUUGAACAGGAUCCUAAGUUAUUUUUGGCGACGGCAGCGGAUACAGCUGACAUCAAGUCUCUAAUUGAAGGAUUCAUGAAAAAAAGUUUCGAGUUAUUAGAGAGACAAGCAGAAGAUAUAAGGGAAAUUAAAGCUGCCAUUCACACGUUGCGUGCAAAUUCACAAGGUGGCAAUUUGCUCCCAGAUUAUUCUAUUAUACCACCUUUGCCGAUCGCUGGGAGAUUGGAACUCGUGGCUUUUGAGGAUUGGCUGAAAUCAUCCGAUUCCCAUAAAAAACUGCUGAUCUCAUAUUUGAGUACAACUGGCGGUUCAAAUACUGACAGGAAUACUAGGCAGGUAUUGUUAAAAUUAAUUGGUGGCAGUUUGAGAUGUCAAAUUAAUUAUACCGGGAAAGGUAACAAAGUCGCACUGGAAAAUCUGGAGAUUUUGAAAAUUUUAAAGGAUUCUGUCCGUACUCGGUAUCCUGUGGCCAAUGACGACGAGAUAUUAGGGACAGCAAAGAAUUGGUUCAAGUACGCCCCUAAAGAUAGAGAAGACCAAUAGGACAGGUCGGUCGCCCAGGAAAUUAAGAUGUAUUAUUGCAAAACGAGUCCAACAGAACAUUGAAAACACUCAGCGACAAAUUACUCCUACUCCAGAAAAUAAUAAUAAUCAUUUAAAUGAUAUUAAUGCGGUAGAUACUGAUAGAUUAGUAAAUAAUUUUAUUCACUCAGAGUCAGAGGAGCGAAGUCAGAUUUUGUUUAGUUUAAGUGACACGGGUAGUGAUGGUCCUUUUCAUGAUAUUGUUGUUAGUGAAUUUAAAGUUAGUUUAAGGGAAUGGGCAAUUAAUUACAAUAUUACAGGUAUUGCUACACAGGAACUUUUGAAAUUGUUGAGACGCCAUAAUUGUUUCGAAUCUCUUCCUAUAGACCAAAGAACUUUAUUACGCGGCGACAUUCCAGUAGUUAAAACGAUAACUAGAAAUGACGAUGGGUCAUACUUUAGUUAUUUUGGUAUAACUAGUUCAUUGCAGGCUCAAUUCAACGAGGAUUUUAUUGAGCCCUUACUAACAAGUAUUAGGGUAGCAGUUAGUGUCGAUGGUCUUCCAAUUUCUAGAAGUAACAAUUUUGGCCGAUCCAAGUUUCAUGCAUUGAAAGUAAAUUUGGAGUUUUUGUAGCUGGGUUAUAUUAUGGGGAAACGAAACCAAAAUUAGUCGAUAAUUUUUUGAAGGAUUUAGUAGAUGAAAUCCAAGUUUUGCAAACGGUUGGUCUAAUUCUUAAUCAUAGUAUAAUCAAAGUUAAAUUUGAUAGGAUAAUUGCUGAUGCGCCUGCGCGUAGUUUCAUUAAGCAAUGCAAAAAUCACAACUCUUAUAAUGGGUGUGAAAAAUGUAAAGUUGUAGGAAAAUGGACAGGUAGAGUUAUAUUUCCUGAUUUAUCUGCUCCUGUUAGAACAGACGACGAAUUUUUACAGCAAUUAGAUAUAAAUCAUCACUCUGGUAAUUCACCAUUUGCACGUAUAGAUUUUCCAUUAGUUAGUUGUGUUCCUAUUGAUUACAUGCAUUGUAUUUGUUUAGGAGUAGUUAGAAAAUUGUUACGUUGUUGGAUAAAAGGUCGAAUCCCAUAUAAAUUACCGCCCAGUAGCGUUUUAAAAUUAAACGAAUCAUUAUUUAAUUUACGAACAAGCUGUCCUAAUAAUUUUAGUAGAAAGCCGAGAACGGCUAAAGAUGUAGAUAUGUGGAAGGCGACAGAGUUUAGGUCAUUUUUACUUUACACAGGUCCUGCAGUUCUUAAAAGUGUUUUGCCUAAGAGUAAAUAUCAUCAUUUUUUAUUAUUGAGUAUAGCGACUUCAAUUUUGAUAAGCGAGAAAGCGCAAAAUGUUGAAUGGAAUGAGUACGCUAACAAAUUGUUUAGAUUGUUCGUUUCAAAAAUUAGCGACUUGUAUUCAGAAAAUUUUCUAGUAUAUAAUGUGCACUGUUUAAUUCACAUUGCUGCUGAUGCCAUGAAUUAUGGGAGACUGGAUAACUUUAGUGCAUAUGACUUUGAGAAUAAUAUACAAUUUAUUAAAAGAAUAUUAAGAUCUCCUUAUAAACCGUUCGAACAAUGUAUAAGUAGAUUAAAAGAAAAGGAACAUUUAAAAUUGUCAGCCAAGCCUAUAUCUCCAUCAUGUCAGAGUAAAUUUUCUAAAGGUAAUAAUUGUUAUAAAAUAGACUGGUGAAAUUGUAAUUAUUAUUAGUUAUGUACCUGGCUCCGAUACAUUACUAGUUAAAAAAUUUACAAAAGUUGAUGACUGGUAUGUUGUUCCAUGUAAAAGUACGAUUGUUGAUGUAAAUUUAGUUUCAAAGUUAUCUAGCGCUGUACAUAUUAAUUUAAGUUCAUUAAGGCAAAAAUGUUGGUUAAUGGAGUUGGAAGGUGGCAUUAUUUGUAUUCCUUUACAUAACACUAAUAAUUGAUUCUUUUGUAAUGAAUGAUCGAUUUUUGUAUAAUAAAGAACCACGUUGCCAAUAUUAUCGUUGUAUAUUCAUUAUUAAAUCGACGGAUAAACGACGGUGAAUUAUGACCAUAAUGCGACCAUACUUUCAACGGUAUUUCGACCGUCGAUUUUAUGUUGAUUCCGACGAUCAAAUCCACGUUGAAUCAACGGUCGCAUUUUAGGAGAAUAUGGAUGGUUGUUUAGACUAGGUUCUGUCGGCCAUAUGUGACCAAUUUCCGACUGCGUCGUUUCGACGUCACUUUCAACCAAUUUUGCGGAUGGGGAUUCAGCAACAAAGUAUUAUUAUCACGAACUCGGUGUCUUACGAUUUAACGAGGGAAUUCACGCAGUCGUUUGUAACUUUGCAAAAUCCGUAAAAUAAUUUUUAAAACUUUCACAAAAUAAAAAAGACACCUUUGAUCUGAGCAACUUUACAAAAAUUUGUGAAUUAUUUUCCUUCGAAAUAUUUGAAAAAUUUUGUAGAACUUUGUAAGUUUACAGAACUUUGUAAGGUUACCACAGCCUGCGUGAAUGGCCCCAAUGUUUACCUCAAUUUUGUACAUUUGUUGUUCUUACCAAAUCAAAUUUACAAUUAGAGCUAAGCCAAAAGAAUCUCUGUGUUGUGAAAAAAUAAAAAAAUACCUGGUAAUAAAAUAUGAAUGUAAUACCCAGGCGGCAUGCAUGAUUGACAAGACUUGACCUUUCAGAUACCUGUAAUUACGUACAUAAAUUUAUGAAAUUUCGGAACAGAAUUUCCGAAAAGUUUGGGUGGGUGAAAGUGAUAUUAUAAUUUACACGUGUGCUCGGCGGACUUUCUCCUUGAGAAUAAAUCAUAUUUGUACCCUGUUCAUGUCUGUGGAGAGAAAAUGUAAUAAAAUAAAUAAUCCAGAA